AUGGCUUCUUCGUUACCAGUCCGCGUGAACGGCAGCGCAGAGCCGACGCCAGUGGAGAGCGAGGCGGGGCAGAGAUGGAGGAAUAACAGCGAGGGCGAUUGGGUGGUGCAGAAGUUUGGGGGAACCAGUGUAGGAAAGUUCGCCGUCAAUAUUGCAGAGGAUAUUGUGAGGGCGGGUCUGAAGGAUAACAAGAUUGCGGUUGUCUGCUCCGCCAGGAGCACGGGGAAGAAGGUUGAGGGGACUACGAGUCGAUUACUAGAGAUCUUCGGAAUCCUCGAAGCCAUUAAUGCUUGCAAAGAUGCGGAAUCAGUACAUUAUGAAAGCUUGGUGGUGGAAUACGAACGACUGGUACAUGUCAUCUGCGAAGACCACGUCGCUGCGGCGCGAAGCCAUAUUCGAGACGCCCGGACACAACAGGCCGUCAUACAGCAGAUAGAAGGGGAGUGCAAGGAGAUUGUGGAUUAUAGAAAAGCGGCUGAGAGAUGGCAUUUGGAGAUUGAUGGCAGGAGUAAGGAUCGUAUUGUCAGUUUUGGGGAAAAAUUGAGCUGUCGGUUCCUGGUUGCUUUGCUGCAAGAUCGGGGCGUUGCGGCGGAAUACGUGGAUCUCUCCGAUGUCGUGAAUUCGAAGGCUGGAAAAGCAACGAAUUUUGAGUUUUAUAGGGGGCUUUCUGCAGCGCUGAGGGAGAAGGUAUUGGCUUGCGAUGACAGGGUUCCGGUCAUUACUGGAUAUUUCGGAAUGGUGCCUGGUGGAUUGAUGGAUGGCGAGAUUGGAAGAGGAUAUACGGAUCUAUGCGCCAGUCUCGUCGCUGUUGGAAUGUCAGCCGAGGAGCUCCAAGUUUGGAAAGAAGUCGAUGGCAUAUUUACUGCCGACCCUUCAAAGGUUCCCACAGCGCGUCUGCUACAGAGCAUCACGCCCGCAGAAGCCGCAGAAUUGACCUUUUACGGCUCGGAAGUCAUACACCACCUUACCAUGGACCAAGUUAUGCACGCCUCGCCCCCGAUCCAGAUCCGCAUCAAGAACGUCAAGAACCCGCGCGGAAACGGCACAAUUGUCCUGCCAGACGUGAAACUCAGCUCGAAUCAACUGCUACGUUCUCGAAAUGCCAGCUCUGUAUCUCUGAGGAUAACGCCGAAAAGACCUACAGCCGUCACGAUCAAGGACAAAAUAUCCGUCAUCAACGUACACUCGAACAAGCGCUCUAUCUCCCACGGGUUUUUUAACAAGGUCUUCCGUAUCUUAGACCAACGGCGAUUAUCCGUCGAUCUAAUUUCGACAUCUGAAGUCCAUGUAUCUAUGGCCAUUCACUCAGCGAACAUCUCGGACGAGGAGCUAGAGAAAGCGAAGAAAGAUCUAGAAGAAUGCGGUGAAGUCAGCAUCUUACACAAGAUGGCCAUCUUGUCGUUAGUCGGGGCCGAUAUGAAAAACAUGAUUGGCAUUGCUGGAAGGAUGUUCAGUACAUUGGGAGAAAACAAUGUUAAUAUCGAGAUGAUCUCACAAGGCGCCAGCGAGAUCAACAUAUCGUGCGUGAUAGACGCAUACGAGGCGACGCGAGCCAUGAACAUCCUGCAUACGAAUCUGUUUACUUUCCUUGAGCAAUAA